UCCUCUAUACAGCUAAUGUUAAAAUUAUUGAAGGAAGCCAGGUUGCAUGAAAGAAGGUUGGGAACCAAUGCUCUUGAGAAUGCUUUUUGCUCAUGGGACGCAACAAUGAAAAUAUAUGACAGCAUAGAAACACUCGAUGUAACAUCAAAAAUAAUUUUAGGUAUAAAUAUUAAAAUCAUGUCAUCCUCUGCCUUGCCGCCACCAAGAAAUUUACCAUCCUGGUCUCGAGUCUCUACAUUCGAUAGAUCACGAUAUCCAAAGCCAUUUUUGCGAGACAGGAUUCCACUGCCACCUAAUGGCGACGAGACUGCUGAUUUCAACACGAGCUUGAGCAACGUUGACGUCCAAUUUCUCGAAAAAAUGACUUCUAAUGUUCAACACCAUUUAUUAAGUCAAGAUAAAAGCAUCAAAUUUUUGCAACAACAACAUUCUGAGACUUUAUCAAAAUUACAUGCAGAGCUCGAAAUGCUAAAAAGAGAUAACAAAGCUUUACAGUUAAAAAUUGUGUCGACUCAAAAAGGUAUUUCAUCUUCUCAAAAUUCAGAUGAAACUAUACAGUCGUAUUCCAAUACAGCUCCUGCCGAUAUCAAAACCCUUCUUUUGCAAGAGGAAAUUAAAGAUUUGAAACAAGCAUUAAAAGAGGCAAGUUUGAAAAAUAAUGGAAUGCAAAAAAUGAUUCAUAAGCUCGAAUCGAAUAAAACAACUGGACUCGAAACUACAACUGACUUACAAAAUGCUGAAUUAAGCAGACGACAUCGUAGGAAAUACUCCGUCAGUAAUUUGUCAACACCAUUGCCCCUCAAUGCCACCCUAAAUCCUCUUCAAAUACGAGACAACAUAUCGGACGCACCACGUCUGCCUUCAAAAGCUGAGUGUGAAUUCAUCAUUCAACAACUACAUGAAAUAAAUUGCCAGCAACUGCAGGAGCUUUCUCAACUGCGCGCAGAUCGUCGAAGUAUGACACCACGAAGCUCCAUAACACUCGAUUCGCCGGUAAUGAAGAUGUACAGUUCAACUGAAAAGGAGUCGUUCUCAGAUACACGACUGCCCAGGAUUCCAGUGAGGCCGUCCAUCAGAAAAUCUGUCAAGAGUGCCAGUCUUACAGACAUGGAGGCUUCUUUUCCAAGCCUUGAAAGCACAAUGACAAUAAAUCCUGCUGAUCGUCACAGACGUCGGCAAAAAAUAAAUACUAAACAAAUCAGGAAUCUAAAAUAGUUUAUUCAUAUUUUUUUAGCACUGACCUGUGAUCACUGUGGCUAGCUUAAAAUAAGCAAAAUUUUUUAAACUUAUUGUUUUGACUGACAGUUAUUCGACUUGACAAAAUCUUUUAGGUUUUAUUCAUAUUUAUAUCCAGUAAUCGUACAGAUAAAUUAUAUUUAAUCAAUUUUUUCAAUGAUUAUUAAGUACAUGGAAUGCACUCAUUGUAUAUACUUAUACUACUGUGUUGUUUAAUUAUACUUUGAGUUUUCACUGUCUCCAAUUACAUUUUUGUGACUCCAUGAUAUGAGUAUUAGUGUGCUUUGUAAUAAUAGUAUUCAUCACUGAUAGUAACAAUAUACGUUCGAGUACA